GCACAGCCUGUGGCACCUUUUCGCGCAGAUACCCAUAGCUCCAUUCCCUGAGCGCUGGUGCACCAUCACUAGAUUAACUGUAGGUCGACCACCCGUGCGCGCUCCCAAUUGCUCAUUCGUGUUUGGACGGGUCGGAUUUCGGAUGGAAGUCGGUAACAGAAAAGGGUAUUCGCGUCGCUGUGUCGAAUUGAGCAAUACCUCUUCCUCCUUUGCCCCGGUCAAACCCUCAAACCGUGGCCAGGGACCAACACACCGGGAGAAGAGCGGGAGGAUGUGACUAUUCAACAGAUCAGAUUAUCCGACAGUUUUAUCGCGGUUGAGAACACAGACAGAGGAGAGAGAGAAAGAGAGAGACUGCUUCCUGCCUCGUUUGUGUGUAGCUUUGAUCCUGCAACUACCCACUGGAGAAAAACUGGUUGAAGCUACAUUGUUUCCACACCAUUUCAACCCCAAAAAUCUGUGAUGACUUUGAAUCAAUGUGGGAAACCGAUUGGAUUUGCAAAACGUCAUCAAUGACCACGGAGAGCACCCUCAAUGCCCUAAAGAAAUCACUCAGAGUUCAGCACCACAGUAGUGGAGAGCGUCACUCUCUGCAAAUGGGCUCUCUCUCCACCAAUAGUUUCAAGUUUUAAUGUCACUUACACAGGUGUGUGUGUAACAUCAUUGUUGAGACCAGAGAGCCUGCUGAUCAGAAGCUACUGAUACGAGGGUUACUGCUGAAGGUCACACACCAAUGAACACACUUUACAGAGGUUCAUAAAGCUUUUACAGCUAUGUAGGAUUAAGGUUCAUUCAUCAUCUGUCUGAAGUCCUUAUCUUCAUGGUUUGAGUGAUGGACUUCUCUAACUGUACAGAGGGGUUCUUCUCCCUGGACGAUGGGAGUGAAGAGGUUUCUAUAAUUACCCCAAGGAAGAUCCUCCUCACCUUCACCCUGUCCCUGCUCGCUGUCAUGACAACGGCCAUCAACUCUCUGGUGAUCACAGCCAUCAUCGUAACCAGGAAGUUGCAUCACCCGGCCAACUACCUGAUCUGCUCUCUGGCAGUGACAGACCUGCUGGUGGCCAUCUUGGUCAUGCCCUUCAGCAUCCUCUACAUACAGAGGGAGAGCUGGCAGAUGGGAGAGGCUGUGUGUUACAUGUGGCUGAGUGUUGACAUCACCUGCUGCACCUGUUCCAUCCUCCACCUGGCAGCCAUCGCUCUGGACCGCUACCGGGCCAUCACUGACGCCGUGGAGUAUUCACGCAAACGCACUGGACUCCGAGCUGGGAUCACUGUCGGCGUGGUCUGGUUUCUGUCCAUCCUCAUAUCCCUUCCCCCUCUCCUGUGGAGCAACCAUGGCGGGGAGCCGGAAGAGGACCAGUGUCUGAUAACUCACCACCACAUCGCCUUUACCCUCUACUCCACCCUGGGAGCCUUCUAUAUCCCCUUGCUCCUCAUCCUCAUCCUAUACUACAAGAUCUACAGAGCAGCUCAGACUCUGUACCUCCGCAGGGGGGCCAGCAGAGGGGCCAGCAGGGCCAGCCGACACUCCUCCAUGGUCAACGGAACCACCCUCCCCUCCUGCCCCCCUGAUGGGGGUCCCGACACCCUGAACCUCCAGGAGAAAUCCUACUCAGACCCCACCACGGAGGGAGACCGCGUGCGCAUUACCGUAAAGAGUCCCCACAGCGAGUCGAGGCGGGAGCGUGAGUGUUCGUUGAGACGGCAGCGUAUCUCAGGGACCAGGGAGCGGCGCGCUGCAUCUACGUUAGGACUGAUACUGGGGGCCUUUGUUGUCUGCUGGCUGCCUUUCUUCCUGAAGGAGGUGAUCGUCAACACCUGUGGCUCCUGCAGCACCUCCAUAGAGCUGGCUGACUUCCUCACCUGGCUGGGGUACCUCAACUCCCUCAUCAACCCUCUCAUCUACACUAUCUUCAAUGAGGACUUUAAGAAGGCCUUCCAGAGACUGGUCAGGUGUAGGCAUCGCCUCUGACACGGACGGAGAGGACACACAUGCACACACACACAAACACGUGCACGGCGUUCAGUUCUGAGUGGUGUUGUGUUGGGCACGGGAUGGCAUCUGAUUGCCUGAGAUUAGAGACUAUCGACAAGACUUUAAAUUAUUAACCGGAGGAAAUGACCUUAGAGACUAUGUCAAGACUAUGAGACACUCCAGCCAGGUCAGUCUAAUGGGACUGGCACAUUGCUGAGGUCUGGAGGGAAGUUAGGAGGACCUCAGAUCCAUAGGAGUCUAUUUAUGGAGAGCCCUGCAAUCAUCAUCUUCUUGUUUGUAUGGGUUAUUGACGUGGCCGGAAUGGUGUUGAAUGACAUUGAAAGGACAAUGUUUAAAUGACAGACUGAAACAGAUGAAGCGCUAGGGUGAAACUCUGGAUGUAGACCAUCGGCCUCGAUCUUUCCAAGGCCUCAGAAAAGCUUACCAUGGUGUUUCUGUCUGUUCUAUAACUAUCAACCUCCCCAAGCUAGUCUGCUCUGAAAUAAAACGUAUC